UAAACCUCCAGUGUCAAAACAUGGAAGAGUUUUCAGAACAGGAACUAGCAAUUCAUUUUGUUUCAAUAUAUCUCUCUUAAUUGAAAUUUAAAUGUGCUUUUUUAGAAUUCCUUGUAUCGUAAAAAUUAGUUCACGUUUUAUUGGUCAAGUGAUAGCUUUCAGGGAUUAAGUGUUCAUAAACACUAAAUAAACCAAAAACAAUAAAAAUGUUUUUGAGACAGCUAUUUCAUUGGGGUCCCAUUGUGGCCCUAUCAAUCAUUUUCUUCAUAUCCUAUGCAACUAUUCAGUGUAAUUUAAUGUACUGGCCCUUGCAUGCACAUGGGGGUCUGAUUAACAUGGCAGUUUUCUUGACCUGGAAUGUGCUGACUCUGUACAACUAUUUCCUUGCCGCAUACAAAGGUCCUGGCUUCGCUCCUUUAAACUGGAGACCAAAGAAAAAAGACCACUGCAAACGACUUCAAUAUUGUGAGCUGUGCGAUGGCUACAAACCUCCAAGAUCUCAUCAUUGUAGAAAAUGUGAUAGAUGUGUAAUGAAGAUGGACCACCAUUGCCCGUGGAUAAACACAUGCUGUGGACAUUUUAACCACGCAAACUUCUGCUACUUCCUCUUCUUUGCACCAAUUGGUUGUAUACACGCAAUCACCAUUCUCGUUCCCAGUGUUUACAAGGCCUUAAAUUUUACAUGGUACCUGCGUUAUGGGGACCAACACAACCUUGUUUACCUGGGUAUCGGAGGGUUCCUCGUCUCCAUGUUCGCUAUCGGGCUUGCUAUAGGUGUUAUCAUUGCUGUAUGGUUGCUCUUUUUUAUUCAGAUUAAGAGCGUGUUGAAGAAUGAGACCGGUAUAGAAUCAUGGAUCAUUGAAAAGGCAGUAGAGCGUGAAAGGGAGGAUGAUGAGGCAGAGUUUGUGUACCCAUAUCACCUUGGCUGGCGGGCGAACCUGACACAGGUGUUCACAUGGUCCGGGUGGCCCAAGUCUGACGGAUACACCUGGGAUGUAGUGCAGGGAUGCAACCAGUUCACCUUCACCGAAGAACAGCUCCAACAGAAAGCAAUAAAGAGAGACCGAACUGUCGAAUUCACAAUAGUGGAGAGCUACUCUGGCGCUAUAUGUCCGCUGUCCAAGGGUUGUGGUAUGUGCUUCGGUAUACCCUGUACUGAUGAGCCGCGGAUACCCUUGCAAAUUGGGGACACCAUUAAAGUUACACGGUGGAAAAAGAAGUGGUUGUAUGGAACAAAAGCGCUCUCUCUUGAACAGAAGGCAGCUCAAAAGCGUCGAGAGAGAGGCUGGUUUCCACGGAGAUGUGCCAGGGAGAUUGUGUGCGAGGCCAACGGUCACACACCUGAAUGCAAGACUGACCACCCUAAAUCCCAAUAAGAACGCCAUCACUCCCAUAGCUCAUUAUGUGUUUGUUUAUCAGUUUAUCUUUGCGCACACAAAUACUGCAAUGUGAUGUACUCCUAUUUUUUAUGUAAUGUUUUAUAUAUGCAAUGUGUGUAUUAGCUUUUGAUAUGUAUUUGCAAUUAAAAACAACAACAUAGCAACAUCAUUAUCAGUAGGUCACGUAAAUCAUUAUUUGCUCUCUUAUGUAUAUUUUUAACUAGUCUGGAUUUUCAAGUCAAGGUAUUGUAAUAGCUUUGGUGUGACCGUGUCAUAUACCUCGUCAUAUGUAUCGUGCAAAAACCUGAAACUUGGCCAUUACUCAAUAACUGUUUGUGAUAUUUGAAUGAAACUUGGUACCCGUACACAUGUCCCUUGUUACAAUGUGCACAUAUGUACUUAGAUCCAUAACUCUGGCUUUAAUUAAUGUAAAGACAAGUGUUGGCUUUCACUUUGUGUUACUCUUGUUUAUAUGCUUUUAUAUUCUCUGGUAUGUCUUACUCAAGGAAGUUCGCACAUGACGAUUUAAGCCACUUUUUGCUAUCACUUUUUUUGCCCAAAAUGCGGACCAUAAUAAUUGUUGCAAUUAUUUUACCAAUUGAGCUGAUAUUUAUUCAUUAAUAGAAAUUUCCAUUGAUAUCCUGUAUUAAAUUAAAAUGACUAAAAAGUAUCAUACAAGUAAUUUUGAAAAGUAAGUCAAUAUAAUACAAGGUGUACACUGUAAGAUGAAUGUACAUGUAUGCUGAAUCAAUUUAUCUUCAUCUAUUAUAUUAUAAUAUCAGUAAAUGUAUGUUUUAAUCUUUUUAAAUUCUGUUCGAAAUUUUUGCCAUUUUGUUUGCCAGUACUGAAGCAGCAAUUCAUCUAUUAUAUUGUUAUGGACCAACAAAGGGUCCUUUCUUGGCCAUUUUAAGGCCCUGGCAGCUUGUAUAGCCUGGAAACCAUUGAUAUAAAAUGAUCUGUGCUGAUUAUGAUGGACUUGCAUUUCGAAUGUCUCAUGGCUUUUUAUCACAAACAAUACCAUUUAUUCGCUUUAAUACAGACAUUGUUAUAAUGUAAUUGCCUUACUUAUAGUUAUAAAUUCACAAUGCAGAUAACUUAAAUCUGAUACAAUCUCCAGCGCUGCUUACUUUCAUCAAAGAAAGGUUUUAACACAAUUCAAAACAUUGCUUGAUCGCUUUCUGUAGAAUGUACCGGUAAGGAAAUGAUUUUUAUCAAAAUUUCUUAUCAUUUGUACACUAAACAAAGUCACUGAAUGGUUACUUAUUAAAACAGUCUAUGUUUUACAUUUUGAUCUCAUUUCAAAUUUCCGAAAUAUUUCUAGAAACACUCUUGAACUAUUCUGAUCAAUGUUUUCUUGAUUUGUAUGUUAGCAACCUUUAUGUCUUUUUGUUAGAAGAAAGUAUUUAAACAAUAUUAAAGUUUAUUACAGUCUAUCAAUACAAUAAAAAUUAUAUCUUUA